AUGAUUGCGAGAGAGCCCGCCGCUCGGAGCGCCACCUGGUGUGCGCGCGCCGAUUCUUCCCACUCGUCUUUCUUUUUUCGUCAUUUACACUUGGAAUACCGAAGUGAUUUGAGGGGCAACGGUGGCGUCUUAGUCUCUGACGAAAGUCUCGCUCAAACGACAACUGGCACUUUUCCUGCCAAUCUUAUAUAUUCCGCCUUCAAUUACAAAGGAUUCUACUCAUAUCAAGAGAUAAAUCCGAAGCAAAGCAGAAACCUGUUUGAAUAA